AUGAAAGUGUAUCAAAAUAGUUCAAAGUUUAGUAAUGCACAUCGGAAAAUAUAUAAUUCGAUAGACAGAAUGAAGUCACUACGAGAAAUCUGCAUCGUCUUUCUUUUUGGAUUACUAAUUAGUGUGAAUGCUCUAGAUAAUUCUUUAAUACGGCCACCAGUUUUUGACAUUCAGCCGUCAACAUCGAGCACAAUAGCCCAUUUGAAGGGAACAAAAAUUUUGCAUUGUAAAGCGAGUGGUCGUCCAAAGCCACAAUAUCAAUGGCUUAAAAAUGGAAAAGCAUUAACAGAAUUUAGAGAUGAAGAGAUUUAUAAGAUAUCAAAUGCAAAGAAAGACGAUUCUGGAUUUUAUCAAUGUCUGGCUCGAAAUGAUGCGGGAACGAUCUUUAGUGAGAAGAGUGAAGUCGUCAUAGCAUAUAUGGGAAAAUUUAAAAGUAACCAACAUCGCACAAUAAAUGUUGAGUCGGGCCACGCAGUUAUUUUAGAUUUAGAGGAAAUUGAGUCGGUUCCAAAGCCAACUGUCAGUUGGGAAUUGCUUGAUGGAAGCACCAGUAAUGAUGUUAAAUAUUAUAAAACGAGUAAAAAUCAAUUAGUCGUCUUCUCAGUCGACGAUUCCGAUAAUGGAAAAGGAUUUCGAGCUCUUGCAAUUAAUGCACAACUUGGUACAAAUGAAUUAAGUCCAAUUACAUAUUUAAGUAUAUCGGGUGAUCCGAAUGUCGAUGUUGAACCUGAAAUCAUUAUUCCAUUAGAAGAUAAAACCGCAAUUAAAGGCAAAGAAUCAGUCUUUGAGUGUGUGGCGAAUGCAAGGCCACUUUAUUUAAUGGAUACUUUAUGGUUUAAAGAUAAAAUUCCAAUUGAGAAUGCAAAUAUCAUUUUUGACUUAGGAUGGAGAAAUCGAACACUUAUUCUACGUUCAGUGGACAUUGAUUAUGCUGGAGAAUAUUCAUGUAAAGUUCAAAUGAAGACUGGAGAUUAUAAAAGUCAAAUCUCAAAAGCUAUGCUUAAUGUUAUUGAACCACCGAAUUUUAAUGCUCAAAUGCAAACAGACAUCGUCACAGAUUAUGGAUCACAAUUAGAAAUUCCAUGUGAUGUCAGCGGCAUUCCAACACCGGUCGUUAAAUGGUUCCGAAACUCUGAAGACAUCGAUGUUUACAACUCAAAUGAAUAUCACAUGAAGGAUGAUAACACGUUGGUAAUCCAAAAAGUAAACUUAAUUGAUUCAGCAAUGUGGCAAUGUUUAGCAGUAAAUGAUGCUGGCGAGAAAUCAUCAUAUGUUUGGAUUAAAGUAAAAACAUCGUCACCGAUUAUGGAAAUUUAUCCGCAAAAUAUUACGACGCUCGAUGGAAAAGAUGUAACAUUUCAAUGUAAGGCAGUCGGUGCUCCAUCACCUGACAUUCAGUGGAUCUAUAAUGAUACAAUCAUCAUCCAAUCAACUAAUCGUCUACAAAUACUUGAAAAUGGGAAUUUAUUCAUCUCUAAUGUGCAGGAAAGUGAUACAGGUUCUUAUAAAUGUACACGAUCAAAUGAGGCAGGCAGUGUAUCUGGCGAAGCAUUCCUUGGCGUAUUAGUGCGUACUCAGAUUACUCAACCGCCUGUAGAUACGACAGUCUUGUUAGGACUUACUGCCACUCUUCAAUGCAAAGUCUCGAGCGACAAAAAUGUUAAUUAUACAAUAAAUUGGUUCCGAGAUCGUCAGUCUAUGCCAGUCACGAGUAAUUCAAGAUUUUCGAUGAAAGAAGAUGGCACGCUUGAAAUUACAGCAGUGAGAGCAUCCGACGUGGGAUUAUACACAUGUCUCGUUGAAUCAGCAGCUGGCAAUGAGUCGAGAUCAGCGAAGCUUAAUAUCGUUGAAUUGCCUUUUGCGCCCACGAAUGUUAGGGCUGUACGUAUUAGUGAACCUGAUUUACGGACUGUAAAUAUCUCAUGGACACCAGGAUUUGAUGGAAAUAGUCCAAUACUUAAAUAUAUAAUUCAGCGUAGAGAAGUGUUGGAAUUAGAAAAUACCGGUCCACUUCCUGAUAAUCUUCAAAACUGGAUAACAGAACUAAGCAACGUAUCAGCAAGUCACUCAUCUGCUCUAAUUCUCAACCUUAAAGCUGCCACAAACUAUCAAUUCCGAGUCAGUGCUAUCAAUAGAGUUGGUGAAGGCUAUCCAUCUGAGCCUAGCAAUACACUCUUAUUGCCACAAGAAGUUCCUUCAUCGCCUCCAAGCUCAAUUGUCGGAUCGGCAAGAUCUUCAUCAGAAAUUAUCACACAAUGGCAGCCUGUGCCUGAAGAACAUCGAAAUGGUUUGAUUUUGGGAUAUAUAUUAAGAUACAAAUUGAAUGGCUAUAGAGAUAGUCCAUGGACAUACCAAAAUGUAUCCAACGAAGCACAAAGAAGUUAUCUUAUUCAAGAUCUCAUUACAUGGAAAGAUUACAUAAUACAAAUAGCUGCUUAUAAUAAUAUGGGAGUUGGUAUAUACUCGGAAGGUAUACGCGUUAAAACAAAAGAGUCUGUGCCUGAAGAUCCACCAUCAAAUGUUGGAAUUGAAGUUAUUAAUUCUACUGCAAUUUUUGUGAAAUGGAAGCCGCCAAGUCCACAGCAUAUUAAUGGAAUAAAUCAAGGAUAUAAGAUUCAGGCAUGGCAAAAUGAAAUGAUUGAUGAUGUUAUGAAGGAAGUAGCAGUUAAAACAAUUAAAGUAGCUCCAAAUUUAAUAAAUCCAUUGGAAGAGCAAAAUUGUACUGUGGCUGGUCUGGUGCCUUACACAUACUACAACAUUACAGUUUUAUGCUUUACAAAUCCUGGCGAUGGCGUUAGAAGUAAUCCAAUUUUAUUAAGAACAGAAGAAGACGUUCCUGGUGAAGUCUCAAAUAUGCAAUUUGAUGGAGUAUCAGACAGAGAAUUAACUCUCAAAUGGAGUGAACCAAAGGAACAAAAUGGAAUCAUUAAAGGCUAUCAAGUUAGAUAUAAGAUCAAAGAUUCAAUAGACAUAAAGCAAGUGAAUUUAACAGCACAUGAGAAGAGAUUACAUGUGUCUCAACUUAAGGCUAUGACUCAUUACUGGUUUGAAGUUAGAGCAUGGACAUCAAAAGGCAAUGGAGUGCCUAGAACUGCUAUUAUUCAAUCUGGAAUUGAACCGGUUAAUCCUGAACCACCAAAAGCACUUGCUUUAUCAAAUAUUGAAGCAUUUUCUGUAGUCAUACAGUUCAAUCCUGGAUUUGAUGGCAAUUCAUCAAUCAUCAAUUGGAUUGUUGAAGCACAAACAGCUAGGAAUGAUCUAUGGACACAAAUUGAUGAAAUUUCUGAUCCGGAUGCUACAACAAUAACUGUCAAAGGCUUAUUCCCGUACACGCAAUAUAAAUUGAGAGUAAUUUCUGUUAAUGUCGCUGGACGAAGUAAGCCAAGUGAGCCGACAAAAGAUUUCCAAACGAUCCAGGCUAUACCAAAACAUGCUCCAUAUAAUGUGACAGUUCGUGCUAUGAGUGCUACAGAAUUAAGAGUCCGAUGGAUUCCAUUGCAAGUAACAGAAUGGUUUGGGAAUCCAAAAGGUUACAAUGUGACAUAUCAGUUAAUUGAAAAAGACAUGGAAGCACAGCCAACAAGCGUGUUGAUUGACGACCCAACAUCCAAUUCCUACAUUCUUAAGAAUUUAGAGGAAUUUUCGCUGUACGAAAUUGUAGUUGCAGCAGUUAAUGAAGUCGGACAGUCAUCAGAAAGUAAUAUAGCGCUGGAAAAGACAAGAGAAUCUGUUCCAUCGUCCGGUCCGUUAAAUGUACAAGCAAAUGCGACAUCUUCAACAACAAUUGUUGUACAAUGGAGUGAAAUUCCAAAGAAUGCACAGAAUGGACAAAUUGAGGGCUAUAAAGUUUUCUACGGGGCACCAGGUUAUUCCACAAUACCAGUAAUGCAGAAAACUAUACCGAAUAAUAAAACAUUUACUGCAACGCUUACGGAACUGAAAAAGUUUGUCGAGUAUCACAUUCAAAUAUUAGCAUACACGCGACUUGGUGACGGAACUUUAAGUUAUCCACCUGUUCGAGCUCAAACUUAUGAAGAUACUCCCGGAAAGCCAUCAAAUGUCUCAUUCCCAGACGUCACUUAUACAACAGCUAGAAUCAUCUGGGACACACCAGAAGAAAGUAAUGGUGAAAUAUUGGCAUAUAAGGUCACAUACAUGAUGAAUGAGUCAAACAAGCUUGAAUUCAGUCGAGAAUUCUCACCAUUAGACAGAACAUUUAGAGCAACGAAUUUGUUGAGCGAGCAUUAUUACACUUUCACUGUGACUUCACAGACGAGAGUUGGUUGGGGUGUUACUGCAAGUGCCUUAGUUUUUACGACAAAUAAUCGAGAACUUCCCCAAGCACCGUCGAUGCCGCAAAUUUCUAGGAGUCAAAUUCAGGCUAAUCAGAUUACAUUCAGCUGGACCCCAGGCAGAGAUGGAUUUGCUCCACUCCGUUACUAUACAGUUCAAUACAAAGAAAAUGAAGCAAUCUGGUCUACACUUAAUGAAAGAAUCGAUCCAUUCAGUAACUCAUACACGAUCACAAACUUAAAACCUUACACACUUUAUCAAUUUAGAAUUAGAGCUAUAAAUGACAUUGGACCAUCACCAUACAGUAAAGAAAGUAUAGAUGUAAGAACUUUACCUGCCGCACCUGCUGUUGGUGCCACUGGAGUUGUAUUGACUCCAAUUACUACUAAUAGUGUUCGAGUAGAAUGGAUUGCAUUAGAUCGUUCAAUGUGGAAUGGAGAUUCUGAUGGCGGAUAUAAGAUUGUAUAUCAGCCAAUUGAUUUUAUUGGAUCAAAAGUAUUAAAUGACAUUCCAAAGUUAGACGUGAGUGGAAUCGACAAAAAUGUCACAGUCUUAAAAGAUUUGACGCAAGAUGUGAAUUAUGAAAUUGUGAUCUAUCCAUACAAUAAGCAAGGAUUAGGUCCCGGUAGUCCACCAUUAACCGUUUAUGUUGGAGAAGCAGUUCCAACUGGUGAGCCAUUAAAUUUCGAAGCAGUUGCUGUAUCAAGUACAGAAGUUCGAUUAAAAUGGAAAGCACCAAAUCUCAAUGAACAGAACGGAGAUUUAUUAGGAUAUAAAAUAUUUUAUACAGUCAUCAACUCACCACAGCCAUUAGAAGAAGGUCUAAAGUAUGAGGAGGAAAUUGAAGUUGUUCCUGCAUCGUAUAGUUCCCAUAGUUUAGUCUUUCUUGAUAAAUAUACAGAAUAUAAAAUACAAAUCUUAGCAUUUAAUCCAGCCGGUGAUGGUCCACGUUCAAAUACAAUAAAUGUAAGAACACUUCAAGGACUGCCAAGUGCACCAACCAAUUUAACAUUUAACGACAUUACGAUGAAUAGUUUAGUGGUAAGUUGGAAUCCACCACAAUAUAGAAAUGGAGAGAUUAUCGGAUAUAUCGUAACUUACGAGACGACGGAAGACAAUGAGAAAUUCAGUAAGCAAGUGAAGCAAAAAGUCACAGAAACUCAAUUGCUCGUUCAGAAUUUAGAAGAAGAAGUCACAUAUACAUUCACUGUACGUGCUCAGACUAUUGAAUAUGGAUUGCCAAUUGUUGGCAACAUCACAACAGGCCCACAAGAAGGAAGUCCGUUAAGUCCCACCGAUCUUAUGCUUUCAAAGAGCAUUGCAUACAUUAAUUUACGAUUUAUGAAUGGCCCGUCUGGACGUGGUCCAAUCAAAGGCUACAUAAUUGAAUCUCAGAAACGCGACGAUAAAAAAUGGUCUGUUGUCAUGAAGUCAAAUAACGGACAUACAGAAGAAUUAACUGUUAGUUUUCAAACCCUUCUGCCAUCAACUGUAUAUAAGUUUAGAAUAAGUUCAUAUAAUCGUUUUGGAAUCUCAUUGCCGACAUACUCAGAUGAACCAGUAUUGACGCCAUCGAAGCUUUACUUAGAAUAUGGAUAUCUUCAACAGACACCUUUUUAUCGUCAACAAUGGUUCAGCAUGUCAAUCGCAUGUGUAGGAACAAUUGUAAUUAUUAUGGUUAUAGCUGUUUUAUGUGUAAAGAGUAAGAGCGAACACUACAAACAAGAAGCACAAAAAACUCUCGAGGAAUCAAUUGCAAUGUCGGUAGAUGAACGACAAGAGCUUGCUUUAGAACUGUACAGAUCACGACAUGGACUAACGAAUGCGGCAGCUAAUACAAACACAAUGGGUACAAUAGGUAGAAGUAAAGGAGGUGCAAUAACGAAGAAAUCAUCUCAAAGUAAUUCAGCGACUUUAGGUCGUAGUCCACCUCGUCCAUCUCCAGCUUCUGUGGCAUAUCACAGUGAUGAGGAGAGUCUAAAGUGCUUUGAAGAAGAGGAUAGUAGUGUGACUGAAAAGCCAUCGGAAAUUAGUAGUUCAGAGUCACAGCACUCUGAAAGCGAAAAUGAAAGCAUACAUUCCGAUGUUCACUCAUUCGUGAAUCAUUAUGCUAAUAUAAAUAAUACAUUACGUCAGUCAUGGAAGCGUCAGCAUAUAAAGACGCAGUAUUCAAGCUACACAGACUCGGAGCCUGAAGGAAGUACUGUUAUGAGUUUAAAUGGAGGGCAGAUUAUUAUGAAUAAUAUGGCUAGAAGUCGAGCACCGUUGCCAGGAUUCUCAUCAUUUGUUUAA